AUGUCUACAUUUCCGCCCUCUCCCGGUGCCGACAUGAGCAAUCAGCGGGAGCUCUCAUCUGGCGCCUCGUCGCCCCGAUCCGACACUUCGAGCAACACCAACAGCUUGUUCUCUUCGCCCGACUCCCCUACUGACACAGAGGUGUCGUUUCCGACCACUGAGAACGAAGACACAGAGAAGUCUUCCGGUCUUGCUCAGGCCCAUUUUGUCGUGACGCCAAGCUUCGCCAACUAUGUCUUGGUGGGCAACACUCCAUACGCCCCAGGCCAAGUGCAGGCGAUGCGCGAUGAACUUAUCCAAGCACGCAGAACCGGAGAGUUCCCUCUUACGACCUCCGCCAUCAAUGACCCUCAGACCACAGUCGAGGACUACCAACAUCUUCAGCGUCUCCGAGAUGCUCUAGGCGACCCAUCCGUCUUCCCGCCCCCGGAGAAAUACACAAUCCUUAAGGUUGACAUUGCUCGUCGCAUCAGGGCUCGCGACGAAGCCCGCGCUACCCCGGCCAACUUUCAAGAGGUGGAUCAUCGAGUUCAGAACUGGAUGAACUCGAUCAAUAAGGAAGCACGCAUGUUGGAGAUUACACAGGCAGCACUUCAGCGCAAGGGCAUCAACAACCCCACCCAAGACGACUUGGACGCCAUCGCCGAGGAGUUCAUGCAGAUUGCGGAGCGCACUCUUCUUGACGUCGCCAAUCCUCUGCGUAUGAAUACCACCCGACUUGCUGGCAACAUUGAUCGCUUCGACAGCCAGCUCAGUGGUCUCAAUUCAGUCUCUUCGACUAUCCAGUCUGCUGUCGAUAUGUCAACUCAAGCAAUGGGCGCUUCCACGAAGGCAAUGAGCACGGCAAUGAGUGCACAGAUCAAUACUCUUAAUACUGUUCUGGCGACGCAAGGCAAUACUUUCAAUGGCUCACUCACCAUGCUCAACACAGCUUUGGGAACCGUUCAAACUGACUUGGAUCAACUCGUCGCCAACCUGCCAGCCAUCAUUGCGACCGCAGUCCAAGCCGCCAUCAACGAGCAACUGUCUCCAAUCCCUCAUCAGUACUUCUCCAGCACGCAACACCAAUCCAACCACGACCAGCCACCCGGAUACACUACAGCUACUCGAGUGCAACAUUUCCAAGCACUUGACAGAGAGCUCCUCGGCGACGGCCCUGGAAUGGUCCCUUCUACAGUCCGAGCAUCAGGACAAGAUGGGCAGACCUUGCUCUUGAACACACAGCCCAUGAAGUCGAGAUUCAGAAGAUUCUUGCGCGUCAUCACUGGAGGAGGUAAAUCGAAGAAGGAGGCGGGUUCCAAGUAA